AUGGUGCAAUUCUGGAAGCCAAUUGGCUCAGUCGCUUUACUAGCGACAUGUCUCCCUGCUGUUUGGUCUCAGAGGUGCUCUGAUCAUCCUGACAAGCACAUUGGGGCCACGGUCAAGACAACAAGCGGCUCAAUCGCCGGUCACGCUGCUCAGCGCAAGCUUGGAGUCUCUGAAUAUUUGGGCAUUCCCUAUGCUGCCGCGCCUGUGGGAGACCUUCGAUUUGCCGCCCCGGUGGCCUACGAAUCCAAUGGCGCUAUAAUCCGAGCAGAUUCCUAUAGCCUGGACUGCCCUGCGAAUAGCGCACAACCUCCGGACUACCCUGGAUUUACCCCACAGGCCAAGCAGAUCAUGAGGGAUUUCACGACCGGUAACGAGCAGGACGAGGAUUGUUUGUAUAUGAACAUCUGGACAAGACCUACCGUGUCGGACCGCAAGCCAGUCUUGAUGUUCAUCCACGGUGGACGUUUCACGAUUGGCGGUGCCCACAGUGCAUACUAUGAUGGACAAGGAUUAGCCGACCAUCAAGAUGUGGUCGUCGUGACUUUCAACUAUCGACUCAACAUCUUCGGCUUUUCCGGAGCACCGGGUCUUCCUCAAAAUGUGGCCCUUCUCGAUCAGCGCAUGGCUGUUGAAUGGGUGCACCAGAAUAUUGCUGGUUUUGGUGGAGAUCCUGAUCGUAUCACCAUAUUUGGUCAGUCCGCAGGCGGUGCUUCGGUCGACUACUACUCCUACGCCUGGAAGGCCAAGCCCCUUGUUGCUGGCCUGAUCUCUCACUUCCGGAACAGCUCUGAGCUUCAGACUCUGGACUGUGGUAACGCUGACAGCGAAUCUAACGAAGUUGUUAAGUGCUUGCGCAAAAAAUCGUGGGAAGAAGUAGUGAAGGCUACUGCUAAGGUACCAUUCGCGCCGUCGCCUGCUCUUCCCCAGCCUGUCUUCCACCCGACUGUCGACAACAUCACUGUUUUCAGCGACUACCCAAGCCGAUCUCGCAGUGGCGAGUUCGCUUCCAUCCCUUAUCUGGCAAAUAGCAAUGACUACGAGCCCGGAUUCUACCAUAUCAGUGCGUUCGCCAAUAAUAUUUCCCUGAGUGAUUCUGCAUGGGACAGAUUCAAUCUAGCAGGAUUCACUUGCGCAAGCAAGAAUGCAGUGGAAGAUCGCAUGGCCUAUGCCGUUCCCGCCUGGCAAUCUCGCUAUUUCGGUGACUGGGACAGUCAGCGCCUUUACUCUGGCAGCGGGGCCUAUCACGGAAGUGAUAUUCCCAUGCUUUUUGGAAGUGGCGAAGAGGUGACUGGAAUCCCGAACAGCGAGGCACAAGACGAGUACUCUCGGUACAUGGGUGCUGUCUGGGUGGCUUUCGCCAGUGACCCCCGCCACGGAUUGGAGAACAUUGGCUGGCCUGCAUUUGAUCCGUCCAAACCAAAGAGAACUCUUGUCGGCCUGGGAUACAAGAAUGGAACCCUUGCGAAUUUCCUGGACCCAGCUGAGUUCGAGAAGGGAUGUGCUGCUUUGCAUGGAAGUAGCCUUCCUGGCAAGGGUGGAUUUUAA